AUGAAGCUCGCCGUGCUCACGUCCGGCGGUGACAGCGCCGGCAUGAACGCCGCCGUGCGUGCCGUCGUGAAAGGCGGCAUCCUAAAAGGGUGCGAGACGUGGAUCGUGCGCGAAGGCUACGAGGGUCUUGUACGCGGUAACUCUGAAGCUGAAGAGGCUGGCCAGGCGAGCCAUGUAGCGGAGCUGAACACACAAGUCCCUACUGCACGCGCCCACGACCCAACGUUCACUCAGAACCUCCGCUUUGGCGACGGGGGACUAUUGCGUGACGGUACGGCCGACUUCGUCAGCGAGGGAAGGAGUCUACAGGGCCGGUACAUUGUUCGCGUCGGUUGGGACGAUGUCAGGAGUUGGCUUGCAGAGGGAGGCACUCUCAUCGGUACCGCGCGCUCGAAGACAUUCCGCACGCCUGAAGGCCGUCUCAAAGCCGCGUACAACUUGAUCAAGGAAGGCAUCGACGCACUCGUCGUGUGCGGCGGCGACGGCUCUUUGACUGGCGCGGACGUCUUCCGCGCCGAAUGGCCCUCCCUCGUGGCAACUCUGCGCGAACAAGGCCGUAUCACGGACGAGCAAGUACAGAAGCAUGGUCACCUCAAGAUUGUCGGUCUCGUGGGCAGCAUUGACAACGACAUGAGUAUGACGGACAUGACUAUUGGCGCGCCGACGGCUCUGCACCGCAUCUGCGAGGCGAUCGACAGUAUUCACUCGACGGCGCUCAGUCACAGUCGCGCGUUCGUGCUGGAGGUUAUGGGCAGGCAUUGUGGAUGGUUGGCGCUACUUGCGGGUGUGAGCAGCGGAGCGGACUUUGUGUUUAUCCCUGAGAGGCCGCCGACCACCGUCAACUGGGAGGAGGAGAUGUGCGAGGCUGUACACAAGCAACGUGCUAUCGGCAAGCGCAAGACUAUCGUUAUUGUUGCAGAGGGCGCGCACGACGCUGAACUCAACCCCAUCCACGCUGACCGCGUCAAGGAGGUCCUUUCCGAGAAGCUCGGUCUCGACACGCGUGUUACCACGCUCGGGCAUACCCAGCGUGGUGGACGCCCAUGCGCUAUGGACCGUAUUCUCCCGACUCUUCAAGGUCUCGAUGCCGUUGACGCGCUGCUCGAGGCUACUCCCGAGACGCCUAGCUACAUGAUCGGCAUCCGCGAGAACAUCAUCACUCGUGUGCCGCUCGUGGACGCCGUCGCCCAGACGCGCUCCGUCGCGGAAGCUAUCCAGGCGAAGGACUUCGACCGUGCGAUGCACAUGCGCGAUCCGGAGUUCAAGGAGUCGUUACAGGGCUUCUUCUACACCGCCAACCUGCCAGAGCCGGCGAACGAGGUGCCGAAGGAGAAGCGCCUGCGUGUUGCCAUCAUGCAUAUGGGUGCGCCCGCUGGCGGUAUGAACGCUGCGACACGGGCUGCUGCGCGUUACUGCUUGCAUCGGGGCCAUACGCCCAUCGCGAUCCACAAUGGCUUCAAGGGUUUGAUCGACGAUGCGCUCCACGAGCUUUCGUGGCUCGGUGUUGAUAACUGGGCGGUCCGCGGCGGCUCUGAGCUCGGCACGAACCGGAAGCUCCCCGGCGAGGACAUCGACCUCGGCGCUAUCGCGGCCAAGUUCCAAGAACACAAGCUUGACGCGCUGCUCAUGAUCGGUGGAUUCGAGGCGUUCUCCGCUCUCCGCGUCCUCUUCGAGUCGCGCAAGUACUACCCGGCAUUCUGCGUCCCUCUCGUCCACCUUCCCGCGACGAUCUCCAACAACGUCCCGAUGACCGAGUUCUCGCUCGGCAGCGAUACGUCAUUGAACGCCCUUGUCGAUGCGUGCGAUGCGAUCAAGCAGAGCGCUAGCGCUAGUCGCAACCGUGUCUUCGUCGUUGAGACGCAGGGCGGGAAGUGUGGAUACAUCGCAACGCUCGGCGCGCUCGCAGUCGGCGCCAGUCUCGUCUACACCCCGGAGAAGGGUGUCACGCUCGACAUGCUCCGGUCGGAUGUCCGCUUCCUCAAGACGCGUUACGGCCUCGACGAGCGCGGUAAAGCUGAGGGCCGCAUCGUCAUCCGUAACGAGACAUCAAGCAAGGUGUACAACACCGAUGUGCUCAACGCGAUGUUCAAGGAGGAAGGCGGCUCGCUCUUCGAUUCGCGCGCUGCUGCACUCGGCCAUACGUUGCAGGGCGGCACACCCUCGCCCACAGACCGUGCGCGCGCCGUACGGCUCUCGCUCAAGUGCAUGUCCUUCAUCGAGCGCCAUGCGUGGGACCUGCACGCGUUGCCGCCGGCAGAGCGUGCGAAGAGGGACGACAGCGCGGCGGUCAUCACGAUCCAAGGCAGCAGCGUGCUGUGGGCGGGUGUGCCGGAUAUGGUGGCGAACGCGGAUGUAGCGAAUCGGAGGGGGUUGAAUCAGUGGUGGGUGGGGACCAAGGAGACUGUUGAGAAGCUUGCGGGGAGGCCGCAGAUUAUCGGGCCGAAUAAGUAA